AAAGACAAACAACAAGAGCAAGAGAGAGUGGUCUGGCUGGCUAGCUCUUAGCCAGCGAUGAACGAAAUGUAAGAAUGUUCUGAGAAAUCGAGGAGAUACAUUUUCGAUAUAAUAAUUAUAUAGACUAAAUCAGAUGUUUGUAGCAAGAGAGAAUGGCGACGUACUGCCACGCAUCGUUACAUGGUGUGAUAAUGGAUGCAAAUGUUAGCUAACUAACUGGCUAACGGUUGAUGUUACGUGCUUACUGCUAGCCUGGUAGCUAGCUACCUGGAUAGCUUGCGAAUUUAGCUAGCUAGCUCCGGCUACAUCGGCCAGCACAACAGCUGGUUACAGCGAACCAGCUUGCAAACUAGUCCCAGUUAGAUAUUGGUCACUAUACCUAAUAAUACAAAUACAGAAUUAGCUUGCCUUUGUUCUUUCGACAUAGGUAGUUGUCUAGCUAGCUAAGUGUGCUCAGCUAGUCACUUCUCAAAUGCAAGAGAAAAGCAAGAGAAGGUCUGUGGGACAUGAGGCUGCUGGAUUCUGAGCCCUGUGAUGGAUAAGCCUGGCGAUGCUGGCCAAGAGCCCCCAAAGUCGACCCCGGUGCCUCAGAGCUGCGGCUGUGGAGGGAGUGCCGUGGGCAACGGCGUGUGCCACGGGCAACCACGCCCUCGUGUGGCUGACUCCGCCCCCCUCCUGAAGACUGGAGAUGAAGCGGAGGAUGGCGUCGGGCGGUGGGCCGCCCCCACUGUGGGAGUGGAGACGUGCGGUGCCUUGAAGGAGGACCGGCAGGGAGAGCAGGAGGAGGAGGACGACUCGCCCGGCAGGGAGGAACAGGAAGUGGGGGAAGCAGAGCCACAUUUGAAAGAGCUCUUUGACGCUGGACUGAGGAAAAUGGUGAACGAGUCUGGCUUCAGCCCUACCUCCUCCCCCUCUGGCUUCUUGUCCGGUGACGGCCGUGGGCGUGGCCAGGGGGAGGAGACUGAGGCCUGGCGGCUGUCUGGAGAGGGAGAGGCGGCGGAAGACGUUGAACCUCCCUCCCUUUUCCCAGGAGACCCGUUCCUUGAGGAAGAGGAGGGCGGGCCCGAGGCUGGACGCCCGGGACACGAUCGAACGGAGGACCGGGACGGGGACGGGGACGAGGAGGAAGAGGAGGAGGAGGAGGAGGGUGCCGACGAAGACCGGGACGGCAGAAGCGACGACGGGAGGGACUGGAGGGCGGGCGGGGACCUGGGGCCGCGGAGGCCCAGCGGGGGGAAGAGAGGGAGGGGCCGCGGGGAGCCGGCGCCGGCGGCGCCCUCCAAAGCGCCGCUCUCGGCCGGCGGGCGGCACAAGCAGGCUCGGCGGCGGAACCACCACCACCACCACCACCAGGGGCGGGCGCGGGGCGGGGCGGGGUCCCGCGCGGCCGCCGCCUGCCGCGAGCUGCUGGCCGGGUCGCUGCGGCCCUGGUGCCUGUCCUGCCUGCGCAUGGUGGUGGAGCUCAUCGUCCUGGUGGCGCACCGCUGCGGGGAGGCGGUGGAGGCCGGCGGGGCGGCGCUCUACGCCUCGGGCUCCGCGCUCCUCCGCAGGGCCCGCGACCUCCCCGUCCUGAAGGCCCAGGCCGGGCGGCUGCUGGGCGGGGCGGGGCGCCUGGGCCGGCGGGCCACGGCCUCCUGCCUGGCCGGCCUAAGCCGGGCCGCCCUGCUGGGGGGCGCGUGGGCCGGGGGCGCUCUCGGCCGCCUGGGCGGGGAGCGGGGGCACCGCUGCUGGGCCACGUUCCGGGACUCCCGGGCCUGCAAGGCGGCGGCCGCCCUGUGGGAGAAGGUGGCCGGAGCGUUUCGGGGGCGCGGCCAGCGGGCCUCCCCCGGCGGGGCGGGGAGGGCGCCUCCGGGACAGGAGCUGGAGAGGCUGCUGGAGCUGGCGCAGAUCCCCGAGGACCAGCUGGACCCCUUCGCCGUGCUGGGGGUGGAGGCCAGCGCCUCGGACACCGAGCUGAAGAGGGCCUACAGACAGCUGGCUGUGCAGGUGCACCCCGAUAAGAAUAAGCACCCCCGUGCCGGAGAGGCCUUCAAGGUCCUGAGGGCGGCCUGGGACGUCGUCAGCAACCCGGAAACGCGCCGGGAGUACGAACUGAAGCGCAUGGCAGAGACGGAGCUGUCGCGGUCCAUGAACGAGUUCCUCAGCAAGCUGCAGGACGAUCUGAAAGAGGCCAUGAACACCAUGAUGUGCACCAAGUGCGAGGGCAAGCACAAGCGGUUCGAGAUGGAGCGGGACCCGAGCGAGGCGCGCUUCUGCGCCGAGUGCAACAAGCGGCACGGCGCGGAGGAGGGCGACUUCUGGGCCGAGUCCAGCCUGCUGGGCCUGCGCAUCACCUACUUCGCCUUCAUGGACGGGAAGGUGUACGACAUCACCGAGUGGGCCGGCUGCCAGCGGAUAGGCAUCUCCCCCGACACCCACCGCGUGCCCUACCACAUCUCCUUCGGCUCCAAGAACAGCAGCGGCAGCGCCACACGCCACAGGACGCCGUCCGAGCCGCCCCCCGGCCCCAGCUCCCCCGCUGACCUCCAGGACUUCUUCAACCGCAUCUUCCACGGGGGGGCCCCCAACGGCAUGGCCGCCAACGGAGGCUUCUUCCCCCCAGGGGCCCCGCCUCACCACCCCCCAAGACCGGGGCCCGGGCCCGGGCCCGGGGGGCCCUUCUCGGCCCCCCCGCCGCACACGGGCUUCUUCGGCCCCGGCGGGCAGAGGGCGGACCCCCCGGAGCCCCGGACCGAGGGCCCCAAACCCCCCCGCAGGCGCAAGAAAGUCCGCAAGCCCUUCCAGCGGUGAGCUCCGCCCCCCUCUCCACGGAAACGCAGGGACGCUGGAAGGCCGAUUGGCCCGUUUCCCUCCCGCCCUCCCCAGACGGACAGACCGAACUGAAGGAGCCGACGCGGGGAGCAGGCCUCUGUCGAGAUGGGGAAGCCCCAGAGGGUCAGGCGGGGGUGGGGCGGGACUGUUUUUAGUUUCGUUUUUCUCCUGGGUUGAUGUUUCUGUUGCACCUUGGGAAACGUAGCCAUACGAUUGGAACCCGAAGCCUACGGUUACAGCGACACAGCGGGGCACUUAUAUUCAGCUUGUAUGCGUUGUGGUUACAUUUUUAGGUUCUGCGUUGUUGGCCACAGAUCACGCACACACACACACACAUACACACACACACACGCACCGCAGCCCUGUCCAUAAUCUGUGAAGGAAGGGGGGGGGGGGGGAGGUGGGGGGCUUCGAGUCGACGGGUCCUAACGUUGCAGGCUGACGUGGAUAAUUCUGCAGGCACUAUGCUGGACACCCCUCAGGCCGGCGCCACACCGAACGCACGCCGUCCUCGCCGUCAUUUCUCCGGCGUUCACGCCAGAGCUCCCCCCUCCCCUCGCUUCUCCCGGACGUUUCUGACAUGAAGAUUUCCCGCGCGCUCCGGAGGCCGUCCCAGCGGAGCGUUUCCGCGCAGCUCAGGAGCCGCGAAGUCGCUAGCCGGCGGCGUGGGGUCCUAAAGCGGCUCGGACGUCCGCCUCGAAUCUCACCCGCCGCCUCCACCCACUGCUGGCAGUUUCCCGCUCUCUCCGUCGCCUCCGCCCGUCCCCGGGGACCCCGCUAACCCCUCCGUAGCGAGUGCGACACGCUUCGGCCCGGCGUGCGGCCUACCUGGGGUGCGGCCCUAGUGUGGCCCUUAAAGGAGGGAGAGCCUCUCCCAGUGACUGGUGCUGUGUGUGUGAGCGUGUGUGUGUGUGUGUGUGUGUGUGUGUUUGUGUGGGGCGUG